ACAGAUUCAGAGGUUUGCAGGGUGACCUGUCCUCCACCUCUCACCUGGUAACAGCUUCACGCAUGAACGAGUGAUGUGCGGGAGGCGGGACCACGCUCGCUUUCAACUCCGAGAAAGGAGAUGGGGGAGGAACCGUGAGGAGGACCCAUCAUCAGUUCACCAACUCUUCCAGCUCCUAGCCGGCUGCCCUGCGACCACAACUCCACAGAGAGAGAAAAAAACAUCCCCAAGAUGGCCCCGACAUCCAUCAAAUCCGUGCUGAUCAGUGAAAGUGUCGAUCCCCGCUGCAGGACGAUCCUGGAGGAAAACGGGAUCCAAGUGACGGAGAAGCAGAACAUGAAAAAGGAGGAAUUGAUUGCAGAGAUUGGGCUCUAUGAUGGCCUUGUGGUUAGAUCUGCAACAAAGGUAACAGCUGACAUCAUCAGUGCAGCUCACAACCUCAAGAUCAUCGGGAGGGCGGGGACCGGUGUGGAUAACGUGGACGUGGAUGCUGCCACCCAUAAGGGCAUCAUCGUCAUGAACACACCGAGCGGUAACACAAUUAGUGCCGCUGAGCUGACCUGUGCACUGCUGAUGAGCCUUUCAAGGAAUGUGCCUCAAGCUGCAAUGUCAAUGAAACAAGGGAACUGGGACCGUAAAAAGUUCAUGGGCUCAGAGCUGUUCGGCAAAGUUCUUGGAAUAGUUGGACUUGGAAGAAUCGGGAAGGAAGUUGCAACGAGAAUGCAAGCCUUUGGCAUGAAGACUAUUGGCUACGAUCCAAUCACUCCUCCGGAGGUGACAGCUAGCUGGGGGGUGGAGCAAAUGUCUCUGGAGCAGCUUUGGCCUCUGUGUGAUUACAUUACCGUCCACACUCCCCUCAUGCCCUCCACUGUUGGUCUCCUCAAUGACGACACUUUUGCUAAGUGCAAGAAAGGAGUGAAGGUUGUGAACUGUGCGAGAGGGGGCAUCAUUGAUGAGGCUGCUCUGCUGAGAGCUUUGGAGUCUGGACAGUGUGGAGGAGCGGGACUUGACGUCUUUAAUGAGGAGCCCCCUAAGAACCGCUCUCUGGUGGACCAUCCCAACGUCAUCAGCUGUCCUCACCUGGGCGCCAGUACAAAGGAGGCUCAGGCUCGCUGUGGGGAAGACAUUGCCCAGCAAAUUGUAGACAUGGUGAAAGGCAAGAACCUGGUUGGAGCAGUCAAUGCUCAGGUUUUGGCCAGUACAUUCUCCCAGGAGUCCCACCUCCUCAUCAAACUCGGAGAAUCUCUGGGAGCUUUGCUUCAGUCCUGCAGUGCUGCUAAGAAGCCGCUCAGCUGGGUUCAAAUCACCACUCAAGGGGAGUGCAUGAAGUCCUGCGCUGGUUACAUGAAGUCAGCUGUGCUGGUCGGCCUGCUCAGUCAGGACACGGAAAGACGCCCAAACCUCAUCAAUGUGCUGAGCCUGUCCAAGCAGAAAGAAAUCGAGGUGAGUCAAACACACGGUGCAUCUGAAGGUGAUGGUGUGUGUAAGGUGGAGCUGGUUGCCAGCGGCUGCAGAUACAACGUCAGCGGAUCGGUUCAAGGAGGGAUUCCGGUCCUGCUUGAGCUAAACGGCAGCGUGUUCCGACAACCCAUCGCUCUCUGUGGAAAUCUGCUGUUCUUCAAAGCUUCUGGUGGUCCUCAGCUGCUGUCUUCACUGGCUGGUGUGCUGACUGCAAACGGAGUGGAGAUUCAGAGUUUCAGCGCCCCCACCGCCCACCCUGAGGAUCCGUGGCACUGCAUGGGGGUGUCUUCUCUCCUGCCAGAUCUGAGUGUCUUGAAGCCUGUGGUAAAGGAUGCAUCACAGCUUCAGAUUUAAACGGAAACAGCACUUAGCCUCCCCUAGAAUAAAUUCCAUCGUAAUAAACCUUGUAAAGAGGUCUUAAUAUAAAUAAUCUGCCUUGACUUUUGAGUUUACAGCUAACAAGUUGUUUAGAAGUUGCAUAAUUUAACAGGUAAAACCUAAUAUUUUUAUGUAUUUUUUUGUAGAUUCUCAAAUAAAAAAAUACACAAAA